AUGGCCAGCAAAACCAUGAGAGCAGUCCGCUUCCACGGCCCCUCGAGCGAUGGUCGCAUUACGAUUGACGAUAUUCCAAUACCCAGGCCAGGACCGACUCAACUCCUUGUCAAGAUUCGUAGCGCUGGCCUGUGUCACUCGGAUAUGGAAGUUGUCGAGGGCCGGCAAGCUCUCACGGGUGGUGGCGAAAGCUGGACCAUGACGCCAUGCCACGAAGCCUGUGGAACCGUUGUCGAAAUCGGAAAUAGAGUUACGCGCUUUGAAGUAUCAGACGAUGUUGGGUUCCUGCCCUAUUUGAACGCUUGUGGCGACUGUGAGGCUUGUAGUGUCACAUCUAUUGCGUGUCCGAAGACGACAAUUCAAGGCUUCAAUCACGAUGGCUUUAUGGCUGAGUAUUCGCUAGUGGAAGCAGGACAAGCCGUCAAACUACCCGAGAAAAUGGAUCCCACAACCGCGGCACCACUCUUCUGCGCUGGGUUGACCUCGUUUCACGCUGUUGAUAAAGCAGAGCUUUCUCCUGGUCAGUGGAUCGCUGUGGUUGGUGUUGGCGGACUGGGACAUUUAGCUGUGCAAUACGCUGUGGCAAUGGGCCUAAGGGUUGUCGCAUUGGACAUUGGAUCCGGCCAGCGCAACCUGGCAAAAGCUCUAGGUGCACAUGAGGUUUUUGAUCCCACAGACCCUGGGUUUGCAACGGCUGUCAAAAAUACAACUGGAGGUGGUGCCCAUGCUGCCGUAAUCAUGAGUGGUAACGUGCUAGCGUAUAAAUCAGGCCUUCAGACCCUUCGCAUAGGCGGUAAACUGAUGGUCGUGGGAGUAACAGACCCCAAUUUCUUGCCUUUGACAGCUGUACCUGUGUCGUGUGGGUUCGUUCAGGUCCGUGGCGCAUCUUCGGGACGAGCAGACGAGAUGGAAAAGUGUCUCAAGUUCUCGCACAAGCAUAACAUACGACCAAAAGUCGCAGAGUUUAGCAUUGACCAGUUUCCUGAAAUGUUGGACAUGAUGAAGAGCGGAAGGAUUCCUGCAGGACGAAUGAUUGUAAACUCUUUCGCCUAG